AAAAUAGAGAAAACGGAAAGAGAAAAAAAAAAAAAAUCGGAGAAGAGGGAGGGCGUGUGAAGUGUGAACAAUGGGAACCACACGCCUGGGCAGCGGAUAUGAUUUUUGAGCCGGGGCAAGAUGGCAGCGCCCUCACUCCUUCCAUUGCUAUUUCUUGACGCAGGUUAUAGUUGAAAGGCCAAGUGAUUAGCCUUUCCUACGAUAUCCGAAUCCCUGCUUCUAUGGCUUCCAUCUCCAAUUUCGCAGUCAAAUCACCCUUCUCCCUCUCCGCCCACUGCUCCAGGCUCAUCCCCUUUCAUUCCCGUUCUUCUUCUUCACCUUUUCUGACGCCACACACUUCUUGCCCGCCAGCAGCACUCAAAGUCAAAACUCCUCACCACACCCGCUUAAUCACAAGGGCCACCGCUGCCCCUGGCGCCAAGAAGAUUGAAAGCGACGAGAGAGUCCAAAAAGUUCACAGCAUCGAAGAAUUCGACCAAGCACUUCGAUCGGCCAAAGACAGACUGGUGGUGGUCGAAUACGCGAGCAGGACCAGCUACGAGAGCAGCAAAAUAUACCCUUUCAUGGUGGAACUGAGCCGAUCGUGCAGCGACGUCGACUUCAUUCUGGUAAUGAGCGACGAAUCAGAAAAGACGAAAGAGCUGUGCAGGAGAGAAAAGGUGGAAAAAGUGCCUCACUUCAGCUUCUACAAGAGCAUGGAGAAGAUACACGAAGAGGAAGGGAUCGGUCCGGAUCAGCUGAUGGGUGACGUGCUAUACUACGGGGACAACCACUCUGGAGUGGUACAGCUGCAUAGCAGGGAUGAUGUGGAGAAGCUGAUAGAGGAUCACAAGGCCGACCACAAGCUGAUCGUUCUGGACGUGGGGCUCAAGCACUGCGGGCCCUGCGUGAAGGUGUAUCCCACGGUGCUCAAGCUGUCCAGGCAAAUGGCUGACUCGGUGGUGUUCGCCAGGAUGAACGGGGACGAGAACGACAGCUGCAUGCGGUUUCUGAGAGACAUGGACGUGGUGGAGGUGCCUACGUUUUUGUUCAUCAGAGACGGUAAGAUUAGUGGAAGGUACGUGGGUUCUGGAAAAGGUGAACUUAUCGGGGAAAUUCUGAGGUACCAAGGGGUACGCGUCACUUAUUAGAUGUCUGGCUCGACUUCUGCCAUGUCCUGAUAAAUGUCAUUAUACAUCCACCAAAUAGUGGAGGUACUGCAUUAUUCUUGAAUCCUGAGACUUGAUAACCA